AGUGCUUGGGAUAAAAAGUUAUUAAAUUAUGAGUCAAGAAAAGAAUAAAAGUGAUGAAAUCAUUUACAUGGACGAGAUUAGUGAUGAAAAACCACCGAUAUCUAAACCAACGGAAGUGAACUUUAGAUCACGUUCUAGUUCUAUUGCCGAGACUGACAAUACAAAUAAACCACAACAAAGUGUUGAUCCUGAUGUCGACCAUCUUGAAUCGACUACAAAUUUCCCGAUAUCGUUCGAUUCUCGAAUAGACAAUGACUUUUCACCAAGUGAAUUGGGAAUAUCGGAAACCCCACGAACUCCAUUUUUAGCGCAAGCACCUCUUCAAACAAUACCUGACGUGAAUGUUUAUCAGCACAAGAAAACGCUCGCACAAGGAAUGAUGGAUUUGGCUCUUUUGUCUGCUAAUGCGAAUCAAUUGCGGUACGUUUUGCAAACUGACGGGAGGCAUCCAUAUUUUUAUCCAGCUUUAGUACUAAUAGGUUCCAGUUUGUUGUUACAAAUUGCCGUGGGAAUAGGAUUGAUUUUGAAUAGUAGGUACAACGUUAAGGAUGAUGAUCAAAUGUGCAAGGCUGAUCGAGCUAAUAAUUGGACAGUAAUUGGUAUAUUUUUAGUGACGAUUUUUAAUGUUUUUAUCUCAUCGUUCGGCGUUGUUGAUCAAGUGUCAACAGCAGCUGUAACAGCCUAAAGUUAUUAGUGAA